UCUUUUUCUCUCACGCCGAGUGCUGAUCCCUUGCAUUGCCUGCCUGCUAUACUAAAACACUUUACACUCACGCUGCAGGAGACGGAGAGAGGAACCAAACUAGUAGCUCCCUUUCCUUGCUUGCGAGCCCAAGAAACGAUAGGAGGGGAACAAGCCGAGAUCUCCAGCAUGGGGAGGGGAAGGAUUGAGAUCAAGAGGAUCGAGAACAACACGAGCCGGCAGGUCACCUUCUGCAAGCGUCGCAACGGGCUCCUCAAGAAGGCUUACGAGCUCUCCGUCCUCUGCGACGCCGAGGUGGCGCUCAUCGUCUUCUCCAGCAGGGGCCGCCUCUACGAGUACUCCAACAACAGUGUGAAGGCUACAAUUGAGAGGUACAAGAAGGCACAUGCUGUUGGAUCAUCAUCUGGGGCCCCACUCUUAGAGCUCAAUGCCCAGCAAUACUACAAGCAAGAAUCCGCGAAACUGCGCAACCAAAUCCAGAUGCUGCAGAACACUAACAGGCACUUGGUCGGUGAUUCCGUGGAAAACUUGUCACUUAAAGAGCUGAAGCAGCUUGAGAGUCGCCUGGAGAAAGGCAUUUCAAAGAUCAGGGCAAGGAAGAGUGAGCUGCUGUCAGCAGAGAUCAAUUACAUGGUCAAAAGGGAGACUGAGCUCCAGAAUGACCACAUGAACCUCAGGACCAAGAUUGAGGAGGGAGAGCAGCAGCUGCAGCAGGUGACCGUGGCCCGGUCUGCCGCCAUGGCCGCCGCCAGUGCGGAGCUGAACCCAUUCUUGGAGAUGGACACCAAGUGCUUCUUCCCCGCCGGCCCCUUCGCGGGGCUGGACAUGAAGUGCUUCUUUCCAGGAGGCUUGCAGAUGCUGGAGGCACACCGCCAGAUACUCACCACCGAGCUCAACCUCGGCUACCAGCUGGCGCCACCGAGCGGCGACGACAUCAAUAAUCCUCAUCAGUUCUAAGCUGCAUGAGGAGCUACUCAGGUGAACUGUCGCCAAUAAUGGAAGCUGGCAGUUCACUAUUGCCUCUAGAUGUUCUUGCAUUGGCGUGUGUGACCUUGCUUGUUAUGUUGUGUGUUCAUGCCUUUUGUGUCUGACUAUGUCCUUGCUGUUCGGUCUACUGAUGGAGAACUAAAACCUAAUUGAUGACAUAAAUGAUCAGAUGCUGCAGCACCUGUGAGGCUGUGAUCAGUAUCUGUUAUAUAUAUAAUUAUAUAUGGUCAGUCCAAAGCAUAUACUA